AUGCAGAUGCAUGGGCGGAUUGCGGCGCAGUACAGCGGCGACUCCGUUAUCGGUACGUGGACACGAAAAAACGCGGGGGGGCUGACAAGCCUCACUUCCCGGCUGACCAACAUCGCGUAUGGUGGAUACACCUACGUGCAGGAGGGACCCGACGAGGGCCAACUACGCAAGUCGUUUGAGCGAGACUGCACUUAG